CGAAAUGUCAAAUUGUUGUCUUAUAUUAAAUAAAGAUUUUAGAUAUUAUUUUAUCAAUGAGUUUAUAAAUGGAAACAAGAUCAUUGCUUAAUAUACAAAGUAGAGUUAAUCAGGUCGAUUAUGACGAUCGGACUGGUAUCAAAUGUGCCAUAUUUCCACCUACGAAUCUGCUUCCUAGCUCUCGUUCUCUACAUUAUUUCCGCUUCAGACGGGAGCAAAUAUAAACAGGAUAUUCAGAAGAUAAAUAGACAGUCUGAGGAAUCAUUAGCAGAGGGAAAACGACCAACAGCAAUGAAACACGAAGAAAAUAAGGGGGAUCAUAGCAGGAUUAGUAAUUCUGAAGAAGACGUAUCUGUAAGUGAAAAUGAAAAAAUUCUAGCACUUAAUUGGUUCCUAAAAAACGCUUCAGGGAAACAAAAUGAAUUUCAGUGGAUAUAUCAAAUAGUACAUAAGAUGAAAUUGAGGACAAAAAAUUUAGAGAACUCUGCAGAGCAGAAACGUAGAUAUUCUUCGAGAUUAGCUGCUGUCCCUUCUGCUAGAAUAGAAGCAACAAGAAAAAAACGAGAAUUUAAUACAAAUCGCAAUUCCGACAUAUCAGAUGAGCACCGAAAGAGGAAAUUCGAGUCUCAUGAUUCCCUUGGUGUCCCCAAAAGAAUUCACUUAGAAAAAGAAGUGAAAUUCAAGAGAUAUGCUCAAAAUAGUGAUUUUAAAUAUAAUACAAUUUUAUUAGGGUCAAUCGAUAAACCAAUUAACGAAGAAAUGGAAGCUUCAAAGGAUUUAUUUUGUAAGAAGGCUGAUUCUAGGUUUACUUAUCAGAAACUUAAAGGAGAUACUCUAAGUCGAUGUACAAAUAAUUAUGAAAUUGCUCCAGCAGAUUUUGUAAUUUUAGAUAUUUCAAAAGAAGUUUGGCAUCUUUCCUGUUUAAAAAUAAAUUACAAAGAGAAUAAAAAAAUUGAUAGUGAUGUAGAAGACCCAGGUAACUCUGUAGUCCAAUGUGAACUAAGUCAAAUAAUAGGUCAUGUUUUAUCGGAAAAGUCACGAACAAUGAAAGAAGCAAACGCGGAUCAGUUUUCACUGUCUUUAGAAACGUUGAAGCAGACUGUACUGGAACCACGAGAGAGCCUCAUUGAGUCUAACAAAGGAACGAAUAAAAACGGCAAUAUGACGAACAUUUCAAGACCUGAAGAAUAUGACACACAGGUUGAAAAAGAUACUAGAAAAAGAGAUCAUAGAAAGAAUGAACAUGAAAGCGAUAUGCUUUUGAGGGAUUUAAAAAAACUGAAUACUAUUUAUGGCUAUGCGAAGAAUGUAAAGAAAAGUUUCAAUUGUUGGGAGGAUUUUACAUUAGCAGCAGAAAUCUUUUACUUUAAAAGGAGGGCAAAGGAUUCAGAAUAUGCAAGUAAAUUAAAAAAGAGUAAUGACUUAGAAGAUGAAAAUGAAGAUGAGAUUUCUUACCUAAAAGAAAUCACACAAAGGGUGAAAAAGGAUAGGAAGAAUAAUGAAGAAGAGGAAGACUUGAAGUUAUUUCAGAAAGCGGGGUUUGGGGAGUUAUCCUUUGAAAUUCUAAAUGACCAUAGAGGGAUUAUUAAAACAAGUUUGAAAAGAGAACAAAAACAAGAUCCCAUUGAAGUCCAUUUUCAAUCCUUAAUUAGACAAACAACUGGGAAAAAUAGUAAACAUUCUGUUGAAAGACAAAAUAAACUUUUAAUUGACAUAUCUUUUGUUCCCAAUACGACUUAUGGUUCAAACUCUGAUUAUAUGUUUCAAAAUCAUAAAGAAAACAAAAUAACAGAACUAAAUGAUUUUAAUAAGUCCUUGUUAUUUACAAAUCUUGUUUUGAACAAAUCUUUAGAUAUGAGUGAUGUUAGUGUUUUAAAAGUUAAGAGUGAGUUUAAGAGCACUCGAGAUGAUAAUAUUCAAUAUUCAAAAAAAAAUCCCAUUGUAGAAUACAAUUAUAUAAAUACAAUACAUAUUGAUCAGAAUUUUAGGAAUUUAGAAGAAUCUAAAAUUAAUGUUUAUUUUAAAGUCAACUCUUCAAAAUUAGAUCCAACUUCAGAACUUCAAGAAUUCGAUAACAAUCAAAGAAAUGUAUCAAAGACAGACAUAAUAGGAGGAUCUCAAAGUAUUCCAGGAGCUGACAGGAUUAUGAUAUUUCAGCAUAGAAUGGGGAGAAGAAUACUUCAAGAUUCUGUUAAAAAAAAUAGAAAUUGGUAUGAAAAUCCUUCGAAGUUUUACAAGCGAACCAAGCAAUUUAAAAGACUCGGAAAAUCAUUUGAAAGAAGUCAAAACAAGGAGGAAUUUAAAAAUAUUGAAGAUUAUGAAGAUCAAGAAAAGGAAGAUGGUUUUCAGGAUUAUAAUGAUAAGAAAACUGAGACUGAAGACUAUGGGCUGUAUCUUAAUACAGAAGAUGGCGAUGUAAGAAAGAGACGUGUACCAGUAAUUCAGUAUUUUGACUACGAAGGAGCUGCUAAUGAUGAAGAUGAAGAAAUGCCUAUUAGUACUAAAAUCCAGUUUAAAAUAAAAGAUACGCCCCGAGAAAAGUCAGACAUGUAUCCUCAGAAAAAGAACCAACAAAAAGAUGAAGAAGAAAAAUUAGACAAGGAUAAAAAAGUAACGAAAAAUAAAACCCCAAGAGAAGAAUUUAUUGGUAAUAUAAACGUUCCUAAAAUUUCCGAAAACAAAACUUUGAAUGAAACACCAUAUCCCAAGGAUGUUCCUUUUCGUGGGAAAAUAAAACAUGGUAAGGAAAACCAAGGUAAAGAUAAAUUGAGCGAUCAAAGGCCACAGAGGAACCCACGAAUAUGGUUUGAUCAGUCGUCUGAAACGCUCAAACUUUUGAAAGCCUCAAAUAAAGCUAAUGAGGAUUCAAGAAGACUUAUAUUCACAGAACCUUUAGAGUAUAAUCUUAACGUUCAAGGAAAACUUAAACCGGGAGCUCUGAGUGACUUUUUAAGUAACGACCUGCCUUUAGAAGAGCGUCUGUUUGAACAGGAUAAUGAUCUGCUGAGUUUUGAAAACAACGAAGAAGAUUACGAACCGCAAAGAAAUGGAGAAUAUCGAAAAUUAGAAGACAGUGUUGUAAGUCGAGAAAAGGAUUUGGGAGCGAAGUAUGAAGAGCUAGAAAAUACGAAUGCCUCGGAAGGACCAAUAAGGGAGAGAUCUAGGCUAAGAGGGGAUCAUAGAAUGAAUCUUGAUUUUCAAGAAGCUUCCGAUAUGGAGAAAAAUCAAUUUGAUGGAGAUAGUGAAGGAUCUCGAAGAAACUGGUACCAGAAAGAACGAGACAGUACAGGGGACUCAGAAGCAGAGAAAAAAAGUUACAAAAGCGAGGAAGGUAAUCAAAUUCCUGACGAACAGAAUAGCCAAAGCGAAGAAGAUAAAUUUUUCGGAAAACAACUACAAGAAAAAUCUUCUGCUUUUCAUAUUACUGAUGAUAGAAAGUCUGGAAGUAGCUUUUUAGCUCUUAAAAGCACCGAUGAUAUGUUUAAAGGAGGCAUUGAACAAAGUAAUCCGUCCGAGAAAAAAACAUCAAACGGAUUAAUUCCUUCACAGAAAACUUCUGAGUGGAAAGUUGUAAAAGCUGGUGAUAGCAGUACAUAUUCAGUAAACGACCAAAUAAAUGCAAACAAAUCGUCUGAGAGUCGUUUCGAUAAACCAGCUAUUGAAGCGGAUUUUAUUUUCAAAGAAGAAGAUGUGGAAACUCCAGAAGAAAUUUCAUGUAAGAAGAAUAAAUAUUGCAGUCAAGAUACGCGAUCAAUACUGAAUUCCGACGACUUAAUGCACGAAUCAUUCGUGGAGUCUUUGGAUUGGAUGAAUGAUUUUGGUGACGAUGAUGAUGAAAAAAUACGACUCGGAAGAGGGUUAAAAAGUUUGGAGAAAUAUAAAAAAAUUCUAAAUGAUAAUACUGGUUUCGCAUGUUCAAAAAAAGUUGAUGUUUCGACCGAAGGAUCUUAUUUUAAGAAAAACAGUACUGUCACGAAUAUAAUAACGUUACCAGUUGAUGGUCACUUACAUAAUUUAAAUAUAGAGCAGAAAUUUGAAUUAGCUGCAGAUCAUUUUGAUGAUGCAGAUACCUAUGCCACUGAAAGUCAACUUGAUUAUAAUAUCAAAAAUAAUAUCGGUACUUUUCUUGUACACAAGAAAAAACCGGAAAUAGAGCAAUUGAGAAUACGAAGGGAAGCUUUUGGAGAAAAUGAUCUAGUUAAUGGUAAAUCAGGACACAGACUCCGAAAUCACUUGAGUCGUCUAAAGCGUCAGUUUAAUAAAUUUGCAAGAGCUUCAGUUAGAAAAUAUAAAAAUAAAAAUAUAAGACAUAAAUAUAAUCAUGAUGGGAACUACAAUAAUGAUAAUGAAAGGAACAGACAGUGGAUGAAAAAAUAUAGUCCUGAGGUUCGAAGAAAUAAAGCUUUGAAGGAAGCACUGCGCUCAAAGCUUUCUCGAAGGCAGAACCCAGAGAAAAUUGGUGAACAGCAGUUUUUACAGUGGAUGCUGUCAGAUGAGACUGACUCAGAAGCUUUGCCUCACCAAGUAAAGCAAUUGAAUGAUAUUGUGAAGCAUACUGGAAUAAAAGAAUAUGAAGAUGAAAGUCACAAGCCACUUCACAAUGAAGUAGAUAAAAAAUGGCCUAGGCCUAAAUAUGCCUUUCAAUAUCGAAGUUCACAACUGAAGCAUCAUAAGGAAAAUAAGCCAGCUUAUAAGAAAUCAUUAUUAUCUUCUUUUGAAUCCAAAGAUGACAUGAUGCAUAGCGUGAAAAAAAGAAAUAUUCGAAGUGAGCAUCGAAAAGCGCAUCACCAUAAGAAGCAUAAAAAGCACAGAGGUAAGCAUCGGAAAGGCAAAAAGCAUAAGUAUAAGCCUGCAGGUAGAACCUCUCGAGAGUAUCGGAAGAUGGAGCACAGAAACCGACAGUUUCGAAGAAAACGGGCAAAUAUGGACUAUGCGGAUUGGAGUCAUGAUUCUGGUUAUGAGAAGCGUUCUAUUUUUAGUCCAGAUGCUUCUAAAGCUCAAAUCUAUGGAUUCUCAUUUGAAAAAGAUGGAAGGGAUUCUGAUGGUAUAACUCAAAAUGUACUGACGGAUCACACAUUUGAAAAAUCGAGGGAUUUCAAAAGAAAGAAUGAUCAGCAAUCGGAGAAGGUAUCUCUAGGAAAGGAACUGAAGAAUCAUAUGAAAGAAUUGCAAAAUUUUGAAAAUAUAAUAAAAAACCAAAACGUAAAUGUCAAAAUGCCUGAUAAAAAGAAACACCCAAAAAAUAAUUAUGCAGUUGAAAAUACUUUAAAUUCCAGUAGGUCAGGUAUUACACUUUCAGUAGCAAAGAAAAAUAAAGCAACUGAUGAAAAUGAAAUUGGUUUUCUGGCAAUGGUAUUAAAAUUUAUCGGAAUCUUACAACUGAGUUCUGAUAACACGAAAUGUAGAUUUGAUCAGAAAAAUUUAAUAGUUGAAGACGAAGUUCGAAAAAUAGAGGAAAAAACUAACGUAUAUCCCGAAACAACAGAAUCAACUGAGACAAAGUGCUUUGAGAACAGUGAAAAUAUAUCAACCACGACAUGUCAUAGUGAGUCCAAUCAAAAUUUACAAGAAAACAAUAUUAAUAAAACAGGAUAUCUUUAUGAUUCUAACAUACAAUCAGGAACUACAUACAAGAGUGAGCAAACUAGGAGAAAAAUUUGAAAACGUUUUUAAUUAUCUGGUAGAAAUUCUGUUUAAGGAGAAUAAUGAGUGGAAUGAUAAACGGAAUUUUUUUUUAGAUGCUUCGACGAAUUCAUGAUUGAACAGAAACAUAAUCACUGUUAAUAAUCACCAAUGAAUCACAUUUGUACAUGCAAUUCAGUUGUAUCUUAUUGGCAAAUAUUUAGGCAUCAAUUACAAAUUCCAUUGUUUUUAAGUAUUCUGUUACUAGCAUUAUUAAAGUAUUUUACAG